GCCUCACCGCGGCAGCGCUGCCAAUGGGCUGCCGGGACAGCGCUGGAAAGCGCCGGGCCCCGGCGGCCGCGGGUUUAUAGCGGAGGGCUAGCGGCGCGGCCGGCAGACGGAGCGGCAGCGGCAGCAUGGCAGCGGCGGAGGGAGGGCGGCAGGUCGCGAACUUCGGCGCCGGGCCGGCGAAGCUGCCGCGCUCCGUAUUAUUAGAAGCACAGAAAGAAUUGGUAGACUAUAAAGGACUUGGUAUAAGUGUUCUUGAAAUGAGCCAUCGGUCUUCAGAUUUCACAAAAAUUCUAAAUACAACUGAAAAUCUCAUGCGUGAAUUGCUAAAUAUACCAGACAACUACAAAGUUAUUUUCCUUCAAGGAGGUGGAUCUGCUCAGUUCAGUGCUGUCCCACUUAACCUUAUUGGCUUAAAGGAGGGAAGGCAGGCAGAUUAUGUGGUUACUGGAGGUUGGUCGGCAAAAGCAGCUAAAGAAGCGGAGAAGUAUGCCAAAGUAAAUAUUGUUCAUCCCAAACUAGGAGCCUAUACAAGCAUUCCUGAUCCAAGCACUUGGAACCUUAAUCCAGAUGCGUCUUAUGUGUACUAUUGUGCUAAUGAAACUGUUCAUGGUGUGGAGUUUGACUUUGUACCUGAUGUCAAAGGAGCAGUCUUGGUUUGUGAUAUGUCAUCAAACUUCCUGUCUAAACCUGUGGAUGUUUCCAAGUUUGGUGUGAUUUUCGCUGGUGCUCAGAAGAAUGUUGGCUGUGCUGGAGUUACUGUUGUAAUAGUACGUGAGGACUUGCUGGGAUUUGCCCUGAAGGAAUGCCCUGUUGUACUGGAUUACAAAACACAGGCAGCAAAUAGCUCAUUGUAUAACACUCCACCAUGCUACAGUAUUUAUAUCAUGGGAUUGGUACUGGAAUGGAUAAAGAAUAAUGGUGGAGCUGCAGCAAUGGAUAAACUCAGUUUAAUCAAGUCACGGAUGAUUUAUGAUAUUAUAGACAAAUCUAAUGGAUUUUAUGCAUGUCCAGUGGAGAGAAAGAACCGAAGCAGAAUGAAUGUACCUUUCCGCAUUGGCAGUGUCAAGGGUGAUGAAGCCCUGGAAAAGAAAUUUCUUGAGAAGGCUGUGGAACUUAAUAUGAUAUCUCUGAAAGGACAUCGGUCUGUGGGAGGAAUCCGUGCCUCUUUAUAUAAUGCGGUGACUGUAGAAGAUGUUCAGAAGCUUGCAACAUUCAUGAAAAGCUUCAUGCAGAUGCAUCAGUCAUAAAUGCCCAUGGGUUAGAGCCAUGCUGCACUCAGCUGAAGGGGUUUAACAUGACUGUGGUACUGCACAGCUGUAGCGCACAAGUUUAUUUUCUUUUAGUUCCUGUAGAAAUUUUAAUUAACUGAAUGGAACAGAGGCCCAGUCUUGCAGUGAUGCAGCAACUUCGGCUUUGCUGAAGAUGAGGAUCCCCAGACUGAUUGUGACUGAUUGCAAAAUUUCAAAAUGUGUGGUUAAAACAUGAAUAACAUUGUAAGAUGCUAUGGAUCUGAGUCCAUUUCUCACUUCUAGUUACAAGUGACUUCAGCAAUGCCUUCUUUUGAUAAAAUUCAGGAAGCAAACUUUGUCAUAAACCAUCUUUAAUGCUUUACAAAUGCAUAAUGAAGGUAAAGUGACAUGGUCUCUAGGGACAUCUAGUUAAUUUAUGGGCUAUAUUCCAACCAUGUACC